GUUUACUGGUUGGAUUAUGGCGGGGGUUUUCUCAAAAUUUAGCAUGUAGAAUUGUGAGUUUGAUAUUUUUUCACUUCUGGUAACAUCAAGGAUCUUUAAUUCGACUUGAUAAGCCAAAAAAGGCUAAGUGCAAAGCAGAAGCCAUCUAGUAUGGUCAAUAUCAUCCUCCACCAUCCCUACUGCGAAUUAACAACAUUAUGCACUAUCACGACAAGGAUGACUAUGCCUACAACUGUUUGGAUGGAAAAGACUGGACAAGGUUCUUCUGCUGCUUUGAUGACUGCCGCUCAGGUGCCUGGUGAGAAAACAGGAUGCAUGUGCAAGUGGAUACUCUUCUGUCACAUAGAACACCAGACACCUUCCACCAACUGUUCCACCACGCUUCAACCAGUUUCUUCACUUCCUUACCAGAGUCUUCAUUGAUCGAUCACAAUAUCAUCUGCGAACAUAUUGGCCCAAGGGGAAUCCAGUCCAACCUCGUCUGUCAGCCUAUCCAUUACUACCGCAAACGGGAAGGGCCUCAGCGCAGAACCCUGAUGCAGACCCACCUCCACCUUAAAUUCUUUUGACACACCAAUAGCACAUCUCACCGCUGUUCUGCUGCCCUCAUACAUGUCCUGUACUAUUCUAACAUAUUUCUCUGCUGAAAUCUCUGUGAAAAAAACAGAUAUAGGACUGUUGGUUGUUCAUAAGAAUGAUUGACAAUUUUUUUUUAAAGGUAAAAUGAAAUGAACUUGUCAUUUGAUAUGAAUCUGCAUAUGUUGUCAAAAGUCUCUUUGCUCCAUUCUCCAAUGUUUUCUUAGCUAUUAUUGUUGUUGUUGUUGUUGUUUUUUUUUUGCAAUGGAAAAAAAUACAGCAAAAAGUGAAUUCCCAUUGUUCUGCCCCAAGUGUUUAAUAUGUUAAGAAGAUUGAUUUUAUUAGAAAAGAUCUGUUUGUGUUGUUAAUUUUGAGAGUGCAUUGCUGAGCUUUUAUUUUGAAACUGUAGAAUACAGGAAGUAGGAAGCGCUGAGCAGAGCGAAAGACGCUCAAAAGCAUGUCAACAGUUGAAAGAUGUAGCACGUUGAAAUCAGCUUAUUCCUGUGCAUGAAUCCGUCAGAAAGCAAUGGCCGUAUCCUUGGCGCUCUCUCAUUGGUCUCCUUUGGUCCGCCGGAUUUUGGCCCGACUCCUCCCCUACAGAAUCGCGUGCUGGCUCCUCCUGGUGGUUUCCUGACAAUAGUUUUUCCACCAACUGCCUCUGAGUCCUCUCGUCUCCGCACCCUCCUUGCAGUUAGCACCGUCUGUUCUAAAACAUUCCCUUCUUGCACAUUCUUGCACCACAUACCCUGUUUCGUUCCACCAGUCUCACACUUUCAUACACAGGAUGCAGCAACAUCUAAUGAACUACUUUAAGCUCAAACUCUUAUAUUCCUUUAUUCCCUCUCAUGACCUCAGACAACUGAGGUCAUCACUCGAACAAUUUAUUUUAUUGUUAAACACGAGUUAAAAAUCAAUAGCCAUAAGCUAAAAAUCAGCAAAAAAUUAAAAAUUAGUACAAAAUUAAAAAUCAGUAAAAAAUUUAAUUCUCGUAGAAAAUCAGUAGAAAAUUUCAUGGCCUCAGGUCCCUGAGGCCACCUUCACAUACUCACAUCCCGGACUCCCGGUGGGCCACAGCUGUCUCCGCCUCCUGGGGGUCCUUCUGAGGGAUCAUCAUGUACUGGCCACCCGGAGGGAGUGGCCCCAAUGUGCGUUCAAUUGUCUUAACAGUUAAUGAUCUGAUACAUGGAAUACAGCAACAUCCGCAUAACACCAUAAUAGCAGCAAGCACAGCGAUAUAAAUCACUACUGAUGCAAUCAAGCUUUUAUAUUUACCAAAGACGUUUAACCAGUUAGAAUACCAACUGGUGUCCACACCUGAGUGCUUCAUUUUGUUACUUAGCGUGCGCAGACCCUCCAAUGCCUUGGUAAGGCGACCGUCAGGAGACGUAUUAUUGGGAAUCAGAGUAGAACACUGAUCCCCAAAAAUACCACACCUCCUCUUUCAGCUAACAACAUAUAUAAGCCUAUUCUGUUUUGGAAUGUCAUAAGAGACGUGGCAGCCAAUUGCUCAUGCACUGCCUGGAGUGCUGAGGUGGUGAAGUUCGCCAAUCGUUGGACAUUAUAGUGGACAUAAUUAAUCCGGUAACUGUAAUGAACAGGAAAAUACUCUCCCAUCCUGCUGCCACUUGAUCCACCAAUUUGUAUUCAUCAGGGACCCCUCUCAGAACUCCAAAUGCAUCUAUGUACGUGGGGUCUCCUGCAUUCAACCAUUCUUGCAUGUCCCUUUUCUUCCUCCCAAGGAAGGGGAUUCUUCCCCACUGUCUAACGCCUUCCCAAUCCAUUCUGGUCAGAUCUAAUGCUGUCACACUAAUUGGCAUGAUCAGCAUUGCUAGGGUGCACUUACCUGAGGCAUUGGUGGGAAGCCUAUCAUACAACACUUUCGCUCCACACCACACCCAAACAUCAGCACGAGCGAGAGGGAUUCCUGCUGGCAAAGACACACUUUCAUUACACCAUGACUCCUGGAUACUUCCAAUCCCAGGGCCAGUCCAAUUUAACUUUAGGCAAGUGAAAUUUUGUUGCGCAACAUGGGUGUCAAAAAUAGGCUUUUUCUUUUCCAUUCCUGUCAAUUGUCCAAUUUAUCUAACAAAUCAAGCCAUUGUUGAGUCCAGUUGAAAAUUGUCACCCAAGCGUUCACCUGUGUCAGUUGUUUACACUUCAGAUUUAGCAGUAGUUGUUGUGUCUGUGUCAGCGUCUUACCACCAUCUUGCUCUGGUUCAUACCAUACCGUUCCAUUACAGGAAUGAUACACCAUCACUCGUUCUCCUUUUGCUCCAUCACUUCUGUCAUCCCGCACCAUAUGUUCAAACGCCAACAUAGCACAAGCCAGCAAGCAAAAUAGUCAAUAAAAUUAAACAUUUGCAUCGUCGUCGUCUUUGUUCAGACACUUUUGAGUCCGAGUUUGAUCCAAUUCUCGCCAUCGUCACAUUCCCUCUCUUGACCUGCCCGUCCGGACGGUCAACCUUUAAGCUCAUCAUUGGCAGGCACAAAGUCUGGGGCCGGGCGCAACUGUGAGUAAUGGUACCACUUUUGUCCUUUAGUUUCCAAUUGGACGGCGUGUGAAGUUCUAGCCAGAACCUUAAACGGUCCUUUCCAGCAUGGUUCAGUCCACUUCCGGGAAAGCACCCGGAGGUAGACAUACGGACUGAUGUCCGACUCCGGUGAUGCUGAUGACGAAUCUGCAACCGCCUUGUCUGUGACCUGCGCAGACACACUGGACACAAGUGAAUGAAGGUAUCCUUGGGGCUCUCUCAUUGGUCUCCUUUGGUCCGCCGGAUGUUGGCCCGACUCCUCCCCUGCAGAAUCGCGUGCUGGCUCCUCCUGGUGGUUUCCUGACAGUAGUUUUUCCACCAACUGCCACUGAGUCCUCUCGUCUCCGCACCCUCCUUGCAGUUAGCACCGUCUGUUCUAAAACAUUCCCUUCUUGCACAUUCUUGCACCACAUACCCUGUUUCGUUCCACCAGUCUCACACUUUCAGACACAGGAUGCAGCAACAUCUAAUGAACUACUUUAAGCUCAAACUCUUAUAUUCCUUUAAUGUGAAUGUUUAAUUCAUAUGCUAAUGGAAGAUGUUUAUACUCCAUACUGAUUUGACAUUGCAGUCUAUUUAGUAUGUUUUGUAUUUCUUUUUCUAGUUUCACUCCAUUUUCAUUGUGUCACCCGACUUAACCUGAUAAGAAGUCAUUAAAGGAGCAAGCACGCUCACUUCCUGGCUCUUGAAAAGGAGUUUGGCUGGCUGUUUAUUCAUGUUAGCACUUUGGAAGUAAAACACAUGAAGAGAACAGUACAGUGAAAAGCCAGUGAAUCAGAAGGAUUCGUCUGCCACAUUUAUGGAAGCACAAGCAAUAGAAAGGGAGGAGAAAGCGGCAUCAGUGUUCAGCUCCAACUCCAAAGCCACUUCCAAGUCAGUAGUUAGUGCUGCUGCUAGAGCUAGAGCUAAAGCCGAAGCUGCACGCACCAGAGCCACAUUCGCUCAGAAGGAGUUAGAACUGAAAAGACAGAGAGCUUCAUUGGAUUUGGAAAAGGCUACACUAGAAGCGGAGUUAGAAGCUCUAGGACUGGAAAAGGCUGCUGCUGCUGCUAUUGUAGAGGCUGAAGUUUUAGAAGCUGCAGCAGGACCAGAAUAUGAGGAUAGGUGCAGCGCCAGGAGUCUCAUCUCAUCGCAGAUAACAUGUCAGCGUACAAAGGCAUAUGUGGAACAUCAGGCUCGAGCCAGCUUUGAAACUGCAUCGUCUGUGGAUAUAACUCCUCAUUGUUUUAAAGAAGCGUCGCCACCAAGACAGCAGGAAGCUCCUGAAUUAACCCCUGCACACAACUGUGAUGCCACGCCUACAAGGAACACACAGCAAAGUGAGUACUUAUCAGCACCUCAGCCUCUGACAAGCCUGUUUAAGCCCUCCAACCCGCACUCUCAGCCUCUCAGCUCGCAACCUCAGAACCCCCAGUCCUCCUUUAAAGCCUAUCAGGAGCAGAGCUCUCCCUCAUUCAUUCAUGCUAGCCAAUCAAACCACUUCAUACAGAGCAACCCACAGCAUUCUUCUUCUGCUCCAGCCGCUAACAAGAUAGACUUCGCUAGGUACCUCGCCCGCAGAGAGUUGGUAACCAUGGGGCUCACUAAAUUCGAUGACCAGCCUGAGAGCUACAGAGCAUGGAAGUCCUCUUUCCUUCACGCCAUUCAGGGCUAAGAGUUGACAGCCAGUGAAGAGCUGGACCUCCUGGUAAAAUGGCUGGGAAAGGAGUCAUCUGAACAUGUUAAAAGAAUACGUGCUCUCCACAUCACCAAUCCUCACGCUGCUCUCGAAUUAGCCUGGACAAGACUCCAAGAAUGCUAUGCUACCCCUGAAGUGAUUGAGAAUGUUUUAUUCGAACGAUUGGACAAUUUUCCUCGGCUAACCUCCAAAGAUAACAUCAAGCUAAGAGAACUUAGCGAUCUGCUCUUGGAACUAUUCUCAGGCAAGCAGGAUGGCUAUCUACCAGGACUGAGCUACCUUGACACUCCUUGAGGGAUUAAGCCAAUCGUGGAAAAGCUGGCAUCAAACUUACAGGAAAAAUGGCUGUCUGCUGCCUCAAACUACAAAGAACGGUAAAGAGUGUGUUUCCCUCCUUUCUCGUUUUUUGUUGACUUUAUCAGAUGUCAGGCAAAGGCCAGAAAUGACCCCAGCUUUGUGUUGGUGAGCAGUAACCGCAGCCAUUACCAUAGUGAAAGAUCUUCAACCAAGCAUGAUAGUGCUCGGACAGCUGUUUGUGCAUAGAACAGAUGUGUCAACAACAGAUUCAAGCUUGUUACACAAAACAUCUACUGACAAGAAAGGUAGUGAUGACCCAACCAAGUACUAUCCAGUGCACAAUAAGCCACAUCCUCUGGAAAAAUGUAGAGCUUUUAGAAUGAAGCCGCUAAUACAACGCAAAAGGCUGCUAAAAGAAUACAGACAUUGUUUCAAGUGCUGUUCUGGUACUCAUGUGGCUAGAGAAUGUCCAGCAGAGCUGAAAUGCAAUGAGUGUGAAAGCAAUCGACAUUGCACUGUCAUGCACCCAGACACUGCUGUCUCCCCUGCACCAUCUCCUCUGACAAAAUCAGACGUAGGACAGCAAAACAGCUCUCCUCCAGAAGUGACCUCCAGCUGCACCAAGGUCUACGGCGAAGGUCUCCCACCAAGGUCCUGCGCCAAGAUAUGUUUAGUCCGGGUUUUUCCCCAAGGACAGCGUGAACGCUCAAUCAAGAUGUAUGCCAUCCUCGACAACCAGAGCAAUCGAUCACUGGCCAGGUCUGAGUUUUUUAAGCUGUUUGACAUCCAAGGGGACCAUACACGUUACCUGAUGAGGACCUGUGCUGGAACCACGGAAAUGACUGGGAGAAAGGCUGUUGGUUUUCAGAUCGAAGCAUUGAAUGGUGAAGUGUGUUUGGACUUGCCUCCGCUCAUUGAAUGUAAUGAAGUUACGAGCAACAGAUCGGAAAUCCCUUCUCCAGAGAUCGCUUACUCCCAUGCUCACUUGAGAUCCAUGGCACCUCACAUCCCAAAGAUCGAACCUAAAGCACAGAUCUUAAUCCUACUGGGGAGAGACCUCAUACAAGUUCACAAGGUGAGAGAUCAAAUCAAUGGACCCCACAAUGCUCCCUUUGCCCAGCGUUUGGAUUUAGGAUGGGUUAUAGUAGGGGAGGUUUGCAUCGAUAGUACAUACAAGUCCACUGUAUCAGUCCUUAAAACCCAUGUCCUACAGAAUGGACGCCCAUCUUUUCUGAUGCCCUGCCAGAAUCACAUCAGUGUGAGAGAGAGAUUAGGCUACGGCGGGGAGCACAGACAGUCUAUCUCCGCACAGAUGACAACAUAUCCUGCGUCUGGUGUUACUGCAAAAGAUAAACUUGGACGAGAUGUGUUCGUGAGAACGGAAGAUGAUAACAAACCUGCCUUGUCCUUCGAAGAUGAGACCUUUCUGGAGAUCAUGCAAGCAGAGUUCAAGAGAGACGAGCAAAACAGUUGGAUCGCUCCUCUACCAUUCAGAACACCCAGACCACACCUUCCAAACUCUCUCCCGUCUUCAUUCAUUGCAACGCACAUUGAACAAAAAUCCUACAAAUCAGAAUCCAGCUGAUUUAGCCACCAGAUCUGUACCUGCGUCACGGCUCACAGACACUAUGUGGUUUACAGGGCCAGAAUUCCUUCACAAACCACACCAACCAGAAACACCCAGAUCCUUUGAGCUGGUGGAUCCUGAGGAAGACGUGGAUGUGAGGCCUCAGCUGACCACUCUUGCUACUUCGCUCAGAGAAAGUGAACUCACCUCAGAACGAUUCCAACGGUUCUCGACCUGGGAGUCCUUGCUGAGAGCAGUUUCCUUCUUGAUCCAUAAGAUUCGCUCACACAGGACAAACUCAACAGUUACAUGUAAAGGAUAGCAUCGCACUCCAGAAGAGUUAGAAGCGGCAAAGAUCGUCAUAAUCAAAGCUGCCCAGAGAGAUGCUUAUCCAGAAGAGUGUGUCGCACUACUAGAGAACAGGGCCAUACCAAAAUCCAGCACGAUUCUGAAUCUCAACCCUUUCGUGUGUGAUGGUCUCCUGCGAAUAGGAGGACGUCUGAGACAUGCUUCAGUCAAUCCUGAGGUCAAAAACCCAAUCAUUCUCCCGAAACAAAGUCACGUCAAAAGAUUGCUUGUGAGUCAUCACCAUGCGAAGGUGAAACACCAAGGACAGCAGUUCUCAGAGGGAGCAAUCAGGGCUGCUGAUCUGUGGAUUGUUGCUGGCAAAAGAUUAAUAGGCUCAGUUCUUCAUCGCUGUGUCACAUGCUGCAAGCUCAGAGGAAAACUUGAGACGCAAAAGAUGGCUGACCUCCCUUCAGAACGUCUGAGCUCAUCUCCACCAUUAUGUAGGGUUAGAUGUUUUUGGACCCUGGAAUGUGAUCAGUCGACGCACAAGAGGCGGAAUGGCUCAAAGUAAGCGAUGGGCUAUACUUUUACA